UAACUUGAUUUUUAUUCUCUCCACUAGAACUAAAACACAACAAUGAGGUUGUUCAAACAUACAUUGUUGCUCGUUUGUCUCAUGAUAUUAGUCAUCUUUUACUCUUGUGACGCCCAAAAUUCACCUCAAGACUAUCUUAAAGUUCACAAUGAUGCCCGAGCCGAAGUUAGGGUUGGGCCUAUGUCUUGGGAUGCUGCCUUGGCAACCAAAGCACAAAACUACUCCAACUCAAGAAGGGGUGAUUGCCACUUGAUUCAUUCUGGUCCAGGGGAGAAUCUUGCUAAGGGUAGCGGUGACUUCACGGGGAGGCGUGCCGCGCAAUUGUGGGUGGAGGAGAAACCUAACUACAAUUAUGAUUCCAACCGAUGCGUUGGUGGACCAUGCGGACACUAUACUCAAGUAAUCUGGCGUAACUCAACCCGACUAGGUUGUGGUCGGGCUCGUUGUAACAACGGAUGGUGGUUCAUUUGUUGCAACUAUGCUCCUCCGGGCAACAUCAUCGGACGACGUCCUUACUAAAAAGUGUGUUUACUUAUGACAUGUUGCUAUUAGCACUUAAUAAAAUUCCCCUCUUAAUUAGAAGCUAAGGGGGUUGAUAAUUUGAUAUAGACUCCUACAUAAGAUGUUAAAGGAUUAAAUGGUCUUGUAUAACUGUGAUUUCCCUUUGAUAUUUGCUAAUAUGAAUAAUUCCACGUAUCAUAUUUUCAUGA